CUGGUAAAUAAGUACCGAGUCACGUGCAUAGAUCACGUGGCACAAUCUUUUCUAUCUUGAUUUGACAGCUGGUGGGUAGUUGGAACUUUCAAGUGUGCAAUCAACCAUACCAGGUCCGCCUCACGAGCUUCAACCACCUCGAAGUAUUGAAGAGAGGAUACCUGCCAUCUCAGCGGUCAUGUACGACCCAGAUUGUUGACGAGGCUGACUUGAGGUGACACGGCGACCCUUUCGUCCCAUCUUCUCCAAUCACAUGAAUAACCACAUACUGAAAAAGCCGAGAAUCUGUCAUGGCUACUACCCCACCAACCGAGUCAAUCGUUACCUCGAACCGCGAAAAAGAGGACAAUGUGGGUGAAAACAGUACAGCAUCGAGAUCAGAAACGACACCCUUCAAUAUAGCUCCCUUUGUACCUCCUAUCACAUUCACCACCAAUGCCGGCGUCAGCUCCAAUGACUACUCAUUGAACGGGUCCUCCUCUGCCAAUCUCCAAGCUGGCAGUGGACCACGAAGAGGCUCGUUUCCAGAUAUUCUUCCUCAUGGACAUACGAUCCCCGCCGCCAUCAAUCAAGUGGGUGCAUCGUCUAGAGACCCGGCCGCAAGUAUUGAGAGAGUAGAUCUAUUGGUGUAUAAAGCAGGCCAAGACGAGCUGCAGACUGACAGUGAUCCCGACUUCCGCUAUUCGAGAGGCCCAUCAAGAAUGAGCCUACCUCCUCGUUCCGUGAACGCGCCAGAAGGCAACGACGACACCACCAUCACCGUAACGAGUCAAUCAGACCUUCCCGCGAACAGCGUCAACACGUCUUCCGCCCUAACGCCAGCCGCUACAACGUCGGCUCCUCAACGCAACAAGCAGUACGUCCUCUCUGAUGGGUCCGUCGUAGCUGGCAAGGGCCUCGGCAGGGGAAGACCUGGGGUGAAGCGGGGGCCCCGAAAUCCAAGAUAUCCAAGCAUCGACGAUGGUUCAUCUCAGGUUUCAGCGCAUUCGGCUGGCGACAUUGUCAAGCCUCCGAAUAAGAAGCGCAAAAGCGGCGAUUCAGACAUCAUAAAGGCACGAUCGUCCACCUCCCAAUCCGCUACCGGCGACUCUCGGGAGUCAUCGGAGGAGUAUAACCCUACUGGACAAACAAGGUCAGGUCGUCAGAUUCAGAAGCCUACACCCCUGACGAAUGUCACGCCCACCCCUGUAAGUGCCAGUCCGGGCAAGUUCACGCGAGCAGACUCCAAUACCAAUGCCACUUCGACACCCUCUUCCACUCACAAAAGUCACCCAAAGAUUAAGAGGCGCGUAUAUCGUGGUCGAGAACAAUUCGCCCUGUGCGAACAUUGUCUACGUGGACAUGGUCCACCCGGAAAUGUUAUUGUCUUCUGUGACGCUUGUAACAAAUGCUGGCAUCAACGCUGUCAUGAGCCUCAAAUCUCAAAGGAAACUGUCUCAAACUCGAAAGCGGAUUGGUUUUGCUCCGAGUGUGAUCGGAUCUUGCACGGUGGAAAAAAGGCCAAGAAGGCACAAACCAAACCAAUUCCGCAGGAAGCUCAGGUAUCAAAACCCACCAUCACAGCAGCGCCUGUCUAUGUAGGCCCACGCGUAGGAGGACGUUAUCUGCAUCCCAAUCAGAAAAUGGCUUACCUGAACACCCUCUCAAAAGACAAUCUGGUGUCACUGGUCAUGCAGGCUUCAGAUCUGGCUCCUGAUCUACCACUAUUUGAGACACUUGUCCAACCGCCUCCACCAGCCACAGUCCCGCAAGCCAAGUUUACCUCUACAUAUGUUACACCAGUCACGCACCCACCGCCACUACUCGAUCGCGAUGCAGGCGACGCUGUUGAUGAAGGGUACGACGGAUAUUACGAUGAACAUGCGGCACUGUACCCUAAGCCUGGACAAGGGAUACAGUUGCCACCAGAGCGGGAGGAUCUGCGCAUACUACUGGAAGGCAAAGAGAGUAGGACAUUCAGUCAUUGGGUCCGAGGAAUGCCAGGAAACGAGUACAGUGGGAGUGGCAAUAUUACUGCAGGCCGAAAGUGAAACAGACCUUCCACCUGUCCACCACUCUAAGCUUUCUGUGCCUGCUGUAAACACAAGAUUAAAGGCCGACAACAAAUUGUGAGGAUUGCAAGAAGGGCUGUCGUGCAGCUUCUCUCUGUAGCAAUAUCCUGCAUCAUACCUAGCAAAGCCUGUGUUGAACAACGGCUUUCCUGAUGUGACUUCGGCACAGUUGCCUUACGCGAGGAGAUCUUAUCUGCAUGAGGUUUUGACAACCGUUGACAA